AUGGGGUUCUGGACAUCUAGGAAAGAACUCCGUCAUUUUACGUCAGAUGGGUUUGUUUCAGUAAAGGAAGGGUCAACCCUGGUAGCGGUGAAAAUUCUCCGAGAUACUGCAGCUUCUCAGUCACUUAUGUUAGACAGUGUUCUAAAGAUUGGUGAUGAGACUGACACUGCUGAGGUAAAUCCUAUUCGAGGUAUUGGGUGCGGCAUUGUUCCUGUACCUCUGCACAAGGUAAUUUUGAAGUCAGAGUUAGUUUCAGGACUUGUUAAAAUAGUACUACGGCCCAGUUUACCGGUGGAAGUAACUACAGCUAUAGCCAAAAAGCUUACCAAUGCAGGUGGUCCUGUGCAGCCUGAUUCGGCUACUUAUGAUAGCUCAAACAGGGAAUCAGAUUUUGACGACUUGUCAGGGACUUUUCUGCCUUCAUUGUUUCACCAGGAUCCAGGUAUUAAAUCUGAUAAUAAAGAUUUAUCUCUGUCUAGGAAGGAGUUUAUAGCAGAACAGAGCAGAGACCCUGAGAUUGAAGCUUUAAGAGAAAAAGCUGUCUCAGCUCUUAGUUCAGAGACCUCGCUGCUACUGACAAUGCACCAUCCAAAUGCCGCUGAAUGCUUCUCCGGCCCCAACCAGGGAAUCAGUGUGGUUUCAACAGCCACCGGACUCCAUUACUCCAUGCCAUCUUGCCAUUAUGGGAGUCAACAAUCUCCUUAUGGGGUUAUGACGGGUGGCCUUGCUCCGUGUCUGUAUAAACUGCCCGAGCAUGCAUUGAGCACCUCUUCCUGUAACCUGGGCCAUGGAUUUACUUCCUUACAUCAGUCAGUCCUAUGCGAGGAAUCCAUUGCCGUGGACUUCAAACAGGAUUUCCGAAAAAAGAAUAAAAGUACCGAGGACCCGGUUGCAGCGGAUUCGCCAGAAAUCAAAGAACUAGAGAUGUUUGCAGCUCAGUUUAAAUUAAGAAGAAUAAAGUUGGGUUACACACAGACAAAUGUUGGAGAGGCGCUUGCUGCUGUGCAUGGCUCAGAAUUUAGCCAAACAACAAUUUGUCGCUUUGAAAAUUUACAAUUGAGCUUUAAAAAUGCUUGCAAACUUAAAUCCAUCCUUUCCAAAUGGUUAGAUGAAGCAGAACAAAUAGGAGUUUUAAAUAAUGAAAGGGCAGGAACAACUGAAAGGAAAAGAAAAAGAAGGACUACAAUCAGCAUGCUCGCAAAAGAAACACUAGAGACACACUUUGGACAUCAAAGUAAACCUUCCUCCCAGGAGAUCAUGCAAAUGGCAGAAAGUCUAAACCUGGAGAAAGAAGUCAUACGAGUCUGGUUCUGUAACCGACGGCAAAGGGAAAAACGAGUGAAGACAAGCUUACACUACAAUUCAUUUUGUUUUUCCUUCAAAGAGCACCUUGAUUGUAGAUAA